CUCCUCUUCGUCCUCCACCCGCCAGCCAGCCAGCGCCUCCUCCCCUCUCCUCCCCACGCAACCCGAUCCAUUCCCAAAUCCCUCCUCUCAUCAACUCGACUCUCGGUCGGCGUCACCGGCGUCGGAGGCGGAGGCGGAGGCGGCGGCCGCGUCGGCAAGGUAGUGCUGUGCUGGAUCGAGUCGAGCAGCUGGCUGCGCGCGCGGUUUGUGGCUCUCUGUGUGAGUCCGGCGCUGCUGCUUCAAUUCCUUCUUCCCCAGGGCACCUCCCGUGAGCCGCCAUCUCCCUCCCUCACCUACCUCUGGAUUCGCUCCAGAUCCGCCCAUGAGUAGGCCCCCACGCCCACCGCCUGCUCGCCAUCGCGCCUCCACUCCACCACACCAUGCCGAUCCCCACCACCUCUGACACUACUCCGCCCCUCCCCCUCUCUCAUUCCCAUGGAGGACCUCGCCCUGCCCGCCGCUCCUCCUGCCCCCACGCUUAGCUUCACGCUCUUAGCCGCCGCCGCCGCCGUCGCCGAGGCCAUGGAAGAGGCUCUGGGCGCCGCGCUGCCGCCCCUCACCGCCCCCGUCCCCGCCCCCGGAGACGACUCCGCCUGCGGGAGCCCGUGCUCCGUCGCCAGCGACUGCAGCAGCGUCGCCAGCGCCGACUUCGAGGGCUUCGCCGAGCUAGGCACUUCGCUCCUCGCGGGGCCCGCCGUCUUGUUCGACGACCUCACCGCCGCCUCCGUCGCCGUCGCGGAGGCUGCCGAGCCGAGGGCUGUGGGGGCCACUGCGAGGAGCGUGUUCGCCAUGGACUGCGUUCCGCUCUGGGGGCUGGAGUCCAUUUGCGGCCGCCGCCCGGAGAUGGAGGACGACUAUGCCGUGGUCCCGCGAUUUUUCGACCUUCCUCUGUGGAUGGUUGCCGGCGACGCGGCAGUCGACGGCCUCGACCGGGCCUCCUUCCGCCUUCCAGCCCAUUUCUUCGCCGUCUACGAUGGCCACGGUGGCGUUCAGGUUGCCAAUUACUGCAGGAAGAGGAUCCACGCCGUACUGACAGAGGAGCUGCGUAGAGCGGAGGACGACGCGUGUGGCUCUGACUUAUCUGGCCUUGAGUCCAAGAAGCUGUGGGAGAAGGCGUUCGUGGAUUGCUUCAGUCGUGUUGACGCUGAGGUGGGAGGAAAUGCUGCGUCUGGAGCACCGCCUGUUGCUCCAGACACCGUGGGGUCAACUGCUGUCGUCGCAGUCGUUUGCUCGUCACAUGUCAUCGUAGCCAACUGCGGUGACUCGCGUGCUGUUCUCUGCCGGGGCAAGCAGCCCCUGCCCCUGUCACUAGAUCAUAAACCAAAUAGGGAAGACGAGUACGCGAGGAUUGAGGCGCUGGGUGGCAAGGUUAUCCAAUGGAAUGGUUAUCGAGUUCUCGGUGUUCUUGCCAUGUCGCGAUCAAUCGGGGACAAAUACCUGAAGCCAUAUAUAAUCCCGGUCCCUGAGGUCACAGUUGUCGCUCGUGCAAAAGACGAUGAUUGCCUUAUUCUUGCAAGUGAUGGCCUUUGGGAUGUAAUGUCGAACGAAGAGGUCUGUGAUGCUGCUCGCAAGAGGAUAUUACUAUGGCACAAGAAGAAUGCGGCCACCGCAUCAACGUCAUCGGCCCAAAUAAGCGGUGAUUCUUCAGAUCCGGCUGCUCAAGCAGCUGCCGACUACUUGUCCAAGCUUGCCCUACAGAAGGGGAGCAAGGACAACAUCACUGUCGUUGUAAUUGACCUCAAGGCACAUAGGAAGUUCAAGAGCAAAGCAUGACAUUGCCUCCAUGAACAAUAACAAUAGUUUAUAGGAAGCUAGAAAUGUGGGAAAUCCAAGACAAUUUAUUUAGCUGCUGCACCGGUACAAUUUGUUUAGCUGCUGUUCAGUACUGGUGCUGCUGCAGCUGCAGCUGCUUCUUUGCCCUCGCCAUUUAUUUCUGCCGAGGGAUGUACUACUAGUAUACUGUAUUUUUCUACACGGUACAGACUCCCAAAUCUGAUUCAGGGUCGAGGACAUAAGGUGGAUCUGGGAAUUUUGGGGUCUCUCAAGACAAGACAGAAAACAUAACAAAAUCUGUAGAUGUAGGUAGGAGUCCUAGGACAGAUUGGGUUUCUGCCUCUGGCAUUAAUCGUUUUUGUUAACCGGUAAAGAUACUGCUACUUGCAAUUGCUGUUUCAUAUAUACUCCUAUAUCUUUCUUGUGCCUUCC